AUGAGUAAUAGCCUGGGUACUCAAGCUUCCCUUCUGUCAGCCAUAGAGGCUGCUGGGACGAAAGCUUUCAACCCAAGCAGCGAUGAAUCGUCACGAGCCGAAGGUCAGCGUGAAUUCGGUGCUCUAAUAUCAAGGGCUGGAACAACGUCGCUCAUUUCCACACUCAACGCUCUCAUUAAGCCGGACCGAGUACCAAGAUGGCUCAGAUUGAGGCUUAUGGAUAUUUUGACUCUCUUGCCGCAAAGACCGGAUGGCGUGAGGGCUACGCUUGAGUUUGUCUUCACAACUCAUCCCUCAAAUGCCGUCAAGAGUUCCGAAGCGGCUGGCCCACAAAAGCAAGGGGCCAACAUUACGAUGGAAGCUCUCAAGAUGGCAACUAGCAUAUUGGCGACUCCUCCUUUAGAUGUCCCAGCCGAGCAGUGGUUUCCAGGUAUCGCUCCCCAGCUCAUCUCACUCCUGGAUGGUGCGGACGGCGCAGACUUGGUGAAAGUGGCGUCUUAUGUCAUUGGCUUCGGUAUACUGGGUCGAAGGCAAUUCGGUGCUCCAGGCACUGCCGGCUGGAGAGCAUUCGCAGAACCCAUGCUAUCGGCGAUUAACCCAGCGCUUUCAUCCGAAAAGCGGGCAGGCGAAACCAUGGUCUUCACUUCAGGCAGUGACGAAGUUGUUGAUCUGCAAAGAGAAACUACCCUAAUUCAACCCGAUGACUUGGCUUUGGCGCUCAAACGUUUAACAUCAUUACUGAACUCUCAUCCCAAUCCCGGGUUGACAACGAGACUACUCUCUCCCUUGAUGAAGCCACUAUGGGCUUUGGCCAAGAGUCUUCUUUCAAUCUAUCUCAAGAUUUCAGGCAAUGCAGAGAGGUAUAUAUCUAUCGUUAAAUACCUGCUAUACACUGGCGAUCGCAUCUCAGAUAAUGCUUCCUGGGUGUACCGUUCAACAGGAUCGCAAAUCGAGGUCAAGAAGUUACGUUCUUCUGCAACAGAAACACCUAUGGAGCUUGCAUGGAGCCAGAUGGACAGCAAGAUCUCGACAUUUGUGGAACUUCUGAAGACUUCUGCUACCGAAGCAGACACUUCGAAGGUAUUCUUGACGCUAUUCCAUAGGUUUUUCGAAGUCGAAGGUGCUUCCCAGGGAAUCUUAUUUGCGGUCGAAGAAAAGGCAGAUGAGGACCCAAUGAACCGGAUCGUCGAAGCGAAAGUUCUACAAGGAAUGAUAGACACGAUCCCAGACAAGCUCGUUGCAGACUCCAAAGGCAUGCUUGAACUUGCCGGGCAGGUUCUUGGCAAGUUCGAAGCCCCGAGUGAAACCAACGAAUCAGUGCCGGUAGCACUGAGUCUUCUCAAUAUUGUCAUCACCGCACCCAGCUUCCAGAAAACGGACGUGGACAGCAGCCUUCUUCACUCUGUUGAAACAUCACUUGAAUCAAUAAGCAACUCUGGCCAACCUGAUAUCUCGCAGACAGCUCGCAAUCUUCGUCUUCUCUUAAAGUACCGAGAUGAGGUCGAAGACCCGUCGGAGCGGCCGUUGGCCCCCUCAGACCGGCAAAUUGAGGACCGGAAGACAUAUAGCCUAGCUCUAUCGUACAUUACACAAGCCGACUCUCCACCACCAGUCCGAUCAGAAGGUCUCAAUCUGAUAUCGGGCCUGAUAAAAAGCAACAGUCCCAUUCUCGACAUCCAGGGCGUUCUCGUGCUCCUCUCUUCGCUUGUAGGCGAGGAUGACGACUACAUCAACCUCCGAGUGAUGAAACUAUUUGUUCAGCUGGCCGAGAAGCACCCCAAAUCUGUCCUCAAAGAGCUUCUCGACAACUACGUAGACGCGAACGAAAAGGCUACGGUAGAUACGCGCCUACGGUUCGGCGAAGCCAUCCUCCAGGUCAUUCAGAGACUUGGUACCACCUUCACGGGCGAAGCAGCCUUACAGGUAGGCGAGAGCAUGCUCUCUGUUGCGGGUAGACGAGGCCACAGGCCGAGAACGGAAGCAAAACAGAUCCGUGACGAGCGGGCGCGCGAGCGCAAGCAGAAGGCCGCCGAGAAGGCGUGGGGCGGCGACGUGCCCGAUCUCAGUGAGGUUGUCGACAAGCCGGGAGAGCAGACGCAGGAGGAGAAGGCCCGGGACGAGAUCCUGGCCCAGAUCCUCCAGGGCUGGGAGAGCAAACGCGGGAGCGAGGACCUCCGCAUGCGCGCGUCUGCGCUGUCCAUCUUCCUGGCUGGGCUGGAGACCAACAUCACGGGUCUGGGUGCGCCUCUCGUCGAGGCCUCUGUGGACCUCUGUAUCAGCAUCCUGACCAUGGAACCAGAGAUGGAGAAGGCUAUUCUGAGACGGGCAGCCAUCGUGCUCAUCUUGACCUUCGUGACGGCCCUGGCGGACGCGAGAGAGCAGGGCAGGCGCCUGGGCUUUGGGCUGACGGACGCGAGCCGCGAGGAUAUACUCAGGAUUUUGGAGUACGUCGCCGGGACAGACAACGAUGGUAUGGUGCAGCAGCAUGCGAGGGAUGUGGCCGAGAGCCUUCGGAACUGGCAGAUGACGUCCAUGCUGCCUGAGGCUCGAGACCCGCCUCCUGGUUUGGCGAGCAUUGCAGGGUUGGAUCUCAACAGGCCUAGCCUGCCGUCAAUGGACCCAAGUGUGCGGCCUAGGAUAGAGGAGAUUGAGUAG